AUGACAGGUGACAUCUGGGUAUGCCUGAGAAGCCACGUGCCGUGCGGCACAGGGGGUGGCGGCCGUGGCGGGGGCGGUGGCGUGGAGGUGGCGGUGAACAUGUCGACUGACUGGUGCGAGGGCGCCGACAAUUGGGAGGACGAGCAGAACGGCAACACCAUCGAGUUGCUAAGCAACCAAGUGUCGUCAGACGACGACCACGACAAAAGCACGAUCGAGUUGCUAAGCAACCAGGUGUCGUCGGAUGAGGACCACGAUAUUACCGCCGGUCUGGCCGAGUUGAACGUGAACCAGCGCAACACUAACGCUAACCGUCGCGGGGGCGGGAUGUCAGGAGCCGGGGGUGGUGCCAUGGGGCGGCUGCUGUCGCCCACCGCCUCCGCAGAGAUUGAGGGAGGCGAUGAGAGUGAAGUGGUCACCAUUGAUACGCCGCCCACUGCGCAGGUCAACGUCAUAUCGCUCUUUGAGCAGGCCGCGCCUGUGCCACAGGUGCCGUCGUCGAGUCUGUACUUCUCGCCGUACUUCAUCUCGGUGGGAGAGGAGGAGCGGUGCACGUCCAACAGUCCGACCAACGCGGAGCAUGUGAGAGAGCUGAUGCACGGAUCGUCGCAUGCGGUGGACGGUGGCAGUGGUAAUGGUGGCGGUGGUAUAGGAGGCAGUGGCGAAGUCAGCUGCGAAAAGUACGAGCGUAGUCUGCCAGCGCACGGUGACAAGAUGUUCCACACCUUUCUCUGUCGGAUACAGUCCAAUCCUGGACAGUUGUUGAGGUAUUGCCGCGACGGCGGUUCUCCGCUGUUCCUCUACCCACCGCACGACCUUCCCUCACGCUGCCGCUAUUGUCACGGCGAGCUGGCUUUCGAGCUGCAGCUGCUACCCACCAUCAUCCCUCGCCUACGCCUGGUGACGUCAUCGACCGGCUCAGUCGACCCGGCCGAACACCUCGAGUUCGGCUCUGUCUUCCUGUUCGCUUGCCGUCGCAGCUGCUGGACCCUUGGUGACUCCUUUCGCGAGGAGCAGCUCUACGUGCAAGUCGAGAAGAUUUAG